GCGCACAGGAGCGCACUGAGCAUCUCGGCGGAACAGUCAGACCUUUCCAAAUCCUGCAAUUCGCACACAACUUUCUUUUUCUUUGUUUGAGGAGGCUGGCAACAAGGAACUGCAAAACUCGUUUUGUGUGUGUAUGUAUGUAUGUAUAUCAGUCAGGGGAACAUAGAGGGUUUCAACUGUUGUCGGAUAUCACAUUCUCAGUCGCCUUUACCAUGCAAGUUCACAUCGCCAGCAUCUUGAUGUGUGGAGUGUCGGUGGUCCUGACCAUGUUUAAUGUAUCAGAGGAUCAGGCUCACUGCCCGCUGGGCUACUUCCCCUGUGGAAACCUCAGUACCUGUCUUCCUCAGCUACUACACUGCAAUGGCGUGGAUGACUGUGGGAAUCAGGCAGAUGAGGAGAAUUGUGGAGACAAUAAUGGUUGGCCACAUCUCUUUGAUAACUAUUUCGGCAUCCCCAGUAAUAACCUUGGAACUAAGUCAAACGCCUGCUUGCUUGGGACCGUCCCAGCUGAGUGCCAGUGCAGGGACCUGGAGCUGGACUGUGACGGUGCACACUUUAAAGAUGUCCCCACUGUAUCCAUUAAUGUCACCAUGAUGUCCCUGCAGAGGAACCGGCUGAGGAAGCUAAACGCGGACAUGUUCUUAAUGUACCAGAGCCUUCAAAAGCUGUAUCUCCAACACAACCGAAUUAAAGCGGUGCACCCGCAAGCUUUCAGAGGCCUUUACAAUCUGACGAGACUGUAUCUCAGUUAUAAUCGAAUUACCACCCUACUUCCUUAUGUGUUCCAGGAUUUACACAAACUGGAAUGGCUGAUUCUGGAGAACAACAAUAUUCAUCACAUCUCCUCUUUGACCUUCUCUGGUUUGCGCUCUCUUGUGCUGCUAGUAUUGUUGAACAAUGCUCUCACAAAGCUUGACGAUAUUUGCCUGGAGAUGCCACGAUUAAAUUGGUUAGAUGUUGAGGGAAAUAAGAUUGAGAUCGUGGGAAAUGUGACCUUCAGGUCCUGUAACAUGCUAACAGUGCUGGUCCUCCAGCGGAACUGCAUUAGUUACAUCCACGUGCAGGCUUUCUCUCUGCUUCGUAAACUGGGCGAGCUGGAUUUGUCCAAUAACAGAAUCAAAGCAAUCCCUCCUGAUCUUUUCGUCAAUCUUGGAGACCUACUUCAGCUGAAUAUUUCAUAUAACCCCAUCAUGGACCUGCAGGUGGACCACUUUGACAAGCUGCAUAAGUUAAAGUCACUGAGCAUUGAGGGAAUCGAAAUUGGGAACAUCCACAGAAGGAUGUUUGAACCUCUCAAGAAUCUGACUCACAUCUACUUUAAAAAGUUUCAGUACUGUGGCUAUGCGCCUCACGUCCGCAGCUGCAAGCCCAACACUGAUGGCAUCUCAUCUUUCGAGGACCUUUUGGCAAACAUUGUGCUGCGUGUCUUCGUCUGGGUUGUCUCGGCAACAACAUGCUUCGGCAACAUCUUUGUGAUCUGCAUGCGAUCCUACAUUCGCUCUGAGAACAAGCUCCACGCCAUGUGCAUCAUCUCUUUAUGCUGUGCAGAUGGUCUGAUGGGUGUCUACCUCUUCAUGAUUGGCGCCUAUGACCUGAAGUUCAGAGGCGAGUAUAACCGUCACGCUCAGGCCUGGAUGGACAGUGUACCGUGUCAGGUGAUUGGAUCUCUAGCCAUGCUGUCAACAGAGGUGUCAGUGCUGCUCCUCACAUACCUCACCCUGGAGAAAUACAUUUGCAUUGUCUACCCGUUCCGGUACCUGACCCCUGGCCGCAGACGCACCGUUACCAUUUUGGUGGUCAUCUGGAUCUUGGGCUUUGUUAUUGCUUUCCUGCCACUGGUCUUUAAAGGGGUUUUCAAAAACUUCUAUGGAACCAAUGGCGUUUGUUUCCCUUUGCACUCUGAGCAGCCAGAGACUCUUGGAGCCCAAGUCUACUCCAUUGUGAUCUUUCUGGGUCUCAAUCUGGUGGCUUUUCUCAUCAUCGUACUGUCUUAUGGAAGCAUGUUUUACAAUAUCCAGAGAACAGGAACACAGACGACCAAAUACAGCAACCACAUUAAGAAAGAGCUGACCAUUGCUAAACGCUUCUUCUCCAUUGUCAUCACCGAUUCGCUGUGCUGGAUUCCCAUUUUCAUCCUCAAGAUUCUUUCACUAAUGGAGGUCGAAAUCCCCGGAACCAUCAGCUCGUGGGUCGUCAUCUUCAUUCUGCCGAUCAACAGCGCUCUGAACCCCAUCUUGUACACGCUGACCACGCGGCCCUUUAAAGAGACACUGCUCCAGGUGUGGUCCAACUACAGGCAGCGGAGACCCCUACUUAGCAGCCAUCCACCUCAUCUGCCUUCCUUUACGUGGCAGGAAAUGUGGCCUCUGCAAGAAAACAGCCAAACCCUUUGCUCCCCGGACUACCUGGCGCAUCCGUCUGAAAUGUCCAACAACUCUGGGACCACCCAGUUACUGCCCGUGGAGGGGUCGAACGGGACAUGAAGUGGUCUGAUGGGGUCCUGCUAUCCGCAUCACCUUGUUUCACACUCAUUCCAACAGGGCAUACAUUUUUUUGUAUGUUUGUGGAUGUCUCCAUACAUGUCCUCACUCAGAGCAGGGAUAAUAAUGAUGCAGUGCAUUUAAGGAGUGUUUGCCGUUGUGUUUGUGUGUGUGUGCGUGUGUGUGUGUGUUAUUAAUGACAAAAAGAGAAAGAGAGCGAUAUGUUUGCAACCCCUGCUGAAAAGACCUGCUGGUUUAUGCUGGUUUGUGCUGGUCUAGCUGGUUUAUCAAUGGAGAAUUGCUGGUCAAAGGGACUGUUCAGUCAAAAAUUAUAAUUCUGUCAUCAUUUACUCACCCUCAUGUCAUUCCUGCUCAUUUGAUUUUCUUUCUUCUGCAGAACACAAUAAAAAUUUUGUGUGUGUUUUUGUCUAAAUGAAUGUCAAUGGGGUCUAAAACAAGGUUUUUAUAAUUAACUAAACUAAAAAUAAGCCUAUAAAAAUAUUGUCACUUGAAAUAAGAACAAGAACAUCAUAUGUGACCCUGGACCACAAAACCAGUCAUAAGAUGCACGGGUAUAUUUGUAGCAAUAGCCAACAAUACAUUUUAUGGGUCAAAAUGAUUGAUUUUUCUUUUAUGCCAAAAAUCCAUGGAUAUUAAGUAAAGAUCAUGUUCCAUGAAGAUUUUUUGUAAAUUUUCUACCUUAAAUAUAUCAAAAAUGUAUUUUUGUGAGUAGAUAUGCAAUGCUAAGUACUUCAUUUUAGGGAUGCACCGAUACCAUUUUUUAAGGACUGAGUACGAAUACAGAUACUUUUUUUCUAGUACUCACCGAUACCGAUGCCUAUACAUUUAUUAAUUUCUCGCUCUCUCUCUCUCUCUAUUAUUUUAUUUGUUUUAAACAAAUUACAAACAAUAGAACACAUACUAUAGAGAUACAAAUUAAAUAAACUUGUUUUUCAGAUACAGUAGGUUUAUUUACCAUGUAUACAUUUAUUUAACAUCUUUUGUUGUUUUAUUAACAUUAAUUACAAAUAUAGACUACGGUCCCUUUAAGACCGAAUCCAUGGAUACUGACACAUAUCCUGUUUUCACCCAAAUGUUUACGUCCACUUAAGCCAUAACUGACUGUAUUUACGUGAGAUACUCCACACGAUGGACAUUUUGAAAACUAUGUGUCUUUUGACCAUUCAGGCGCAAGGAGAACUGAUCGCGCGCAAAAAAGAGAGAGAGCGCGCGCGAGAGAGACAGCGCUUCUGGUCUGUGGUCUGUGUCAUUCAGCGCGAUUCCGCCUAUCCUGCCUUCACUAAUCGAUAACGAAUUGUGAUUGAAAGCAUGCAGUUCGCAAUGUGUGGGUUGUCAUAAUUAAUUUUGAAGUAUUUCCACACCUCUGAGGCUGACAUUGUUUCUGCUGCUGCCGCCGGUGUCUUUGUGCGCUGAAAAUUCUGCCAGUUACGCCACGUGAGGUAUCGGUCUUUGGUUAUUGGGGGUAUUUUCACGAGUAGCCUACGAGCACAAGUAGGCUACAUGAGCUUGGUAUCGGGCCGAUACCGAUACUAGUAUCGUAUCGGUGCAUCCCUACUUCAUUUGGACAACUUUAAAGGCAAUUUUCUCAAUAUUUUGAUUUUUUUGCACCCUGAGAUUCCAGAUUUUCAAAUAGUUGUAUCUCGGCCAAAUAUUGUCCUAUCCUAACAAACCAUACAUCAAUGGAAAGCUUAUUUAUUAUACAGUGCUGCUUGAAAGUUUUUGAACCCCUUGCAGAAUCUGUGAAAAUGUGAAUAAUUUUAACAAAAUAAGAGGGAUCAUACAAUAUGCAUGUUAUUUUUUUUAGUACUGUCCUGAGUAAGAUAUUUUACGUAAAAAAUGUUUACAUAUGGUCCACAAUGAGUUCAUGAGUCCCUUGUUUGUCCUGAACAGUUAAACUGAGCUCUGUUCUUCAGAAAAAUCCUCCAGGCCCUGCAAAUUCUUCAGUUUUCCAGCAUCUUUUGCUUAUUUGAACCCUUUCCAGCAGUGACUGUAUGAUUUUGAGAUCCAUCUUUUCACACUGGUUUUCACCCCCCGGCUCUUAAUGCAUCGUGUUUCCUUCUGGAGCAUCAGUGAAUGUUUGAACCUUUUUUAAUAGUUGAGUCCCUCAAUUGUCCUCAGUGUGAAAAGAUGGAUCUGAAAAUC